AUGGAAGUGUUGCAUAUUGCAGAGCGAAGAAUUAGAUUACAAACAGCUAUUUGUGGCACCGCAGAAAAUGAUGACAACGCAUCUUUACUCGUCUAUGUUAAAGGUCCUGAAAAAUACGUACUCAACAUCGGUGGUGAACCAGUCUUCGACGAUCGUAUUGUCAAGAUCGAGACUCACACUUACUUAUACAUCGAGGAACAGUUCAGUCUGCAAACCACCGCUGGAGCAGCGGAAGGAAGCGGCGUGGUUGCCGCGUUGACAAACAAUUGCGUUGCGUUUAUGUCCGAUGAGAUCAGAUACGAGCUCAAUGGUGUGGAAAUCGAUCGAAAUCGCAACCCUGGUGUAACGAGCACGUUAAAGAACUAUGUGUCUCUAAUUAGCGAAACGGGAAACGUUCUGCGACAUGCGGGAUGGAACUUGUCCAUUAAUAAAGGUGCUGGUGAAUUCAAUUUUUGCGUACCUUUCCGCACAUUGCUAGGAUCCUGCGAGGACUAUAAACGCGUUGUGAUCAACGCGAGACACGAACUCAUUCUGAUACGAUUGCGCAACGACAACAAUAGCGUCUUUGCUUCGGCUAACAGCGGACCAACGGUGGAAUUGCACAAGGUGCAGUGGCGAAUGCCACACGUUGUAUUAAACGANGCUGUAAAAGCGGCUACACAGUUGGAAAAACCGCGUUACAUCAUUUUUGCGUUGCAGACCGGCCGAGAGAAUGUUGUCAGCCGAGAUUGCUCGCGAUUCGAUCAUUGCAACUUAUCAAAUGUAAAGUUGUUCCUGAAUUCAGAUUUCUAUUUCUACGACGAUUUGAAUCUAGAUUUUAGUAAGGAACGAUACGCCAUUUUGUACGACAUGUACAUCAAAUUCAGACUAUCCUACUACGGAUGCGACGAGGACGAGGCGCUUCUAACGUUGGACAAGUUCAUCUACUGCGGACCGCUCGUGGUCAUCGACUGUUCGCGCCAAAACGAAACGGUCAAGAACGCCACCGUUGACGUUUGCAUUGAAUUCAACUGCAAAGAAAAUGUACUCGCCGACAUAACCGCGUACUGUCUGAUCAUACACGAUCGUAUCGUCGAGUACAACCCGCUGACCAGCGUCGUGCGACGUAUCGUUUAG